AUGCCUAAACGCGAGGUUCAGUCUCGGACUUUAACGAGGUCGCAGUCUGCUCGUCCAUUCAUUCCUUCCAUUUACCUCGCUUUUUUCAUCUUUCUAUUAUUUUUGAGUCUAAACUGAUUUCUUUCAGAACAAAAUGCUGUUCAAAGCGUUUUUGGUCGCGAUCACUCUUCAAGUUGUUUCUUCGGAAGUUUCUGCGGAUCCCAGUUGGAUGACUUUGGUUCUGACGAAUUUCGAAAUCGACAAGGCUUGCGCCCAAGAUUGGACCUCGUCUCACAGUUGCAUCAAUCCUGACGUUCGAGUGAGUCUUCUUUCUCUUUACAGUUUUUUUGAAAGAAAUGUCCCAUGAAGUCUAGAAAAUGAUAAAACUUGAAAUUAUUCUUUCAACUUUCCAGGUUAUGGUGAGCGUUCCAUCAAGCCGAUUUUCGUCAGCCGCCUGGCCAAUUUCUUCCCAACUUUUCAUGGUAAUAAAUUCAAAAAGUCCUUACCUUCAAAAAAAUGUUAAAGAAGGACGCGACUCGCCAUUUCACGAGCCAAUGGACUGCGGACCUGUCCAACGUCGAAGUCUCAGUUGCGGUGAGUUUGAAAAUUAAUUUGAAUUUAAGAAGCUCGAAAUGCAGAGAAUUUAUCAAAAUCUGAAACAAUAGAUUAGCGCACUAAAUGUUAUGAAAAAAGCUCACGUUAAGAAAAAUUUAAUUGAGAUUCUUCAGAUCGAAGGAGAAGGCCCACCUUCCGCCACGAACGGCCCCGUCAUCUGUGAUAAAGCUGUGAAGUCUGUUCAAUUUUCCACCAAGGUAAGACUUUUGAGAGAAUCAUGAAAAAUAAAGAGGAAAUAUACUUCAAAUCAGGAUAGUAAAAUUCUUAGUUAGAACUUUUUUUUUUCAAAAUUAAUUUAGAAAAGUCUACCUUAAAAACUCAAGUUAGCGCUAUCAUCAAAAUUCAGUAAGAAAAAAUUGAAUAAGAUUUUAAAUAAAAUAGAAAAAUUUCUAGUAUUGAUGAAAGUUUCCAAAGAAAAAACUUCAAUCAAAUUUUAAAAUGUCUUGGUUUCCCCAGCUUCUAACCCCCAGCUAUAGGCAUUCAAGUCAUUUGAAAAGACUUUUUAAAAUUAAAUUUUUCUAAUUUUCUCAUUCUCAAUUCACUUUUUCAAGAUUGACGAGACGUCGAGCGAGAAAUCCGUCCUGAAACUGAAGUCCGGCUGUUUCCGAUCGACGGUUCUCGUCGUGAAAGACUUGACGUGUCCAGUGUGCUCGAUCAAGCAGAAAUCGCCCAAGAUCAACGUGAGUUUCCAUCUCCACAGAUUAUUGGGACUGAUAGAGCCGAGUCGGUUUCACACGCCAUGAUAAUCCUUCAAAGGAGGACAUAAUUGCCGUCAUUGAUCAUAUCUGACCUCCACCUGUCGGUGAUACUCCCCCAAAAAGGAGUAUGCAAUAUUGAGAAAAAGUAGAUUUGAAGCAAUUUGAAGAAAGUAAAAUAGAGUAGACACUUAAUUUAUUCUUUUUUUUACUGUACAAGUUCAAAAGAUCGUUUUUCUCGGCCUAAAAUAGAUGGUAUUGGUUCUAGCUCGUAUUAAAGUCUUUUUUUUCUAAAGAAGGCGAAAUGACAUGAUAACUACUUUCUAUCUCUAGAAAAUUUGUACUUGAAUUCUCAAAUUCUGCAGAUCGGAACUGUGGAAUACCUGCGACAGUCGGUUGCCGGCUACGACCUUCUUUUCAUCGGACUUUCCUGUACCCUCAUUCUCCUCCUCGUUGUCCUCAUCAUCAUGACCGCCUGCGAUUCCAGAUACCCAAGGUAUAAUCGGGAAAUCUUUGAAUAAACCACAUAACCGAUAUUCAGAACCUCCGCGACGGAGUGUUCGCCUCGUAGCGAAAAGAUGCGUCUCAACUGCACCAAACGGUUCGUUUCAACAUCUUUUUUCGACGUUUCCCAAAAGAUUUCUCUAAUUGAAUAGCCCCAAGUAAUGAACCGAAACUGAAAAGUAGUACCCGAAACUGAAAAGUAGGGUCCUUAAGGCUAAAAAUUCUUUUGCUAGUCUUUUUUUCUUGUUUUCAUACAGUCCAAAAAUGCUUUAGACGAGAGAAAUCUCAGAAAGAAUCCUUCGAGGAGAAAAGCUUCAAGUAUAUUAACUAAUUUUAAUUCCCUUUGAAGAAUAGCUAAAGCAAAAACAGCUUCAAAUCACUCAAGAAAUUUGAAAAAAUUAUUAAAAAGCGGGGUUGAGUUUGAUUUUCGAAAAAAAAAAACGAGACUCAACAAUAUCUUUUUUUUCAGCGGUUCGAUCGGCGGAGGAGAGAUGCAGAGGUCGACGAGCGCCCUUCUGAAGGCCGUGUCUCGACCCAACUCCUGGACCGAGUCGGAGAACACGGACGACGGCACGAUGAGCACCAUCAGUUCCGAACAACUCUACGACUUCUCGCUGGGCCUCGACCGCUCUCGUCACUACCGCAAGAACAGCGUCGCCGUCGAGGUUCCCCCUCGCUACCAACCGAUCUCCUUCUACCGUAACAUCACCCCUUACUUCAAGAACAACAAGAAGGAUUUGACUAUUGUCUCCGUCGACAGUGCCUUUUGCACCGUCUAA